UGUGUGUGUGUGAUGUGGAACAGGCGGUGGAGAGUGGACGCUGAUGGGGGACGAAAAGGAGACCUGGAAAGUAAAAACACUUGACGAAAUCCUGCAGGAAAAGAAACGCCGAAGAGAAUUAGAAGAGAGAACAGAUCUCAAGCGCCAGAAAAAUUUCACACAGGGCCUUGUUCCACAGUCGGAUGAUCGGGAAGCCAAACGAGAUACUCCGGAGGAAGGAGAACUACGGGAUCAAAGGAUGGAAAUAACAAUUCGUAAUUCCCCGUACACACGGGAGGACUCAACAGAGGACAGGUACUUGCCACUGGGUGAGGAAGAUGAAUCAUUAGCAAUCAAGCCUCCACAGCAAAUCGCAAGAAAAGACAAGUCUCACCAUAGAAAGGAAGAGAAGAGAAAAGACAAAAGACGUCAUCGCAGCCACUCUGCUGAAGGAGCAGGGAAACAUGUACGACCCAAAGACAAAGAAAAAGAGCGAGAGAGCGAUCGCAGGAAGCGUCAGUGGGAGGAAGACAAAGCACGGCGAGACUGGGAGAGGCAAAAACGCAGGGAACAGGCCAGAGCUCAUUCCCGCAGAGAGAGGGACCGGCUGGAACAGCAGGAGCGCCAGCGUGAACGGGAGCGCAAGCUGCGCGAACAGCAAAAAGAGCAAAGGGAGCUGAAGGAUCGUGAGAGGAGGGCCGAGGAGCGACGCAAAGAGCGAGAUAGUCGGCGGGAAGUGCCGUCUCACCAUCGAAUGCUACCUGAUGAGUCAAAACAAAGUCACCGCAGCCGAAGUCCCAUCCGCACUCCCCGGGACAGAUCGGAACACAGCGAACCACGGAGAAGUGGAACAUCAAAGGAGGAAAAGCCAGAGAGCAAAGAUCUGCUCGCCGACCUCCAGGACAUCAGUGACAGCGAAAGGAAGACCAGCUCCGGAGAGUCUUCCAUUG